AAAUGGAUUUAAAAACAUAGAGAUUAAAUUAAUAAAUAUUUCUUAAAAACAUUGAGGACUAAUUAAUCAUUUCUUCUAAGUUCCAGCAACUAACUCCAUAAUUUUCCUACGAUCAACUUUGGUGCUCAAUUCAUAUAUUGCAUGAUUGCAUCUUCCGAUGAUCUCCACAUCCCACUUUCUUUCAAUCCCUACCGUCCAUUCUCAAACGUCAGUUACCAUUCCCGCCAUUUCCUUCUCCAAGAAACCAAAUCAUGCCGCCAAAAACAAAAACCCUUCUCACCAAAUCUCUCUCACUUCUCCCUCCUACUCGACUCAGAUCAUUAACAACCGUUCCCGAGUCAACUCACUUAACCGAUCCCCACUUAACCCAUUCUUUCUGCUCCAGAGCCCUAAACUUCUCUGCCAAAAUGGGUUUUCUUCGUGAAGGAAAACAAGUACAUUCACAUGUUAUAAAGUUGGGAUUUUGUAAUGUAUUGUCCUUGCAAAAUCAGAUUUUGAAUGUUUAUAUAAAAUGCAAAGACUUUAAUUAUGCGCACAGAUUGUUUGACGAAAUGCAUGUGAGAAACGUGGUUACAUGGAAUACUGUGAUUUGCGGGCUUGUAGACUGCAGGGGCAGUGAUUAUGAGUCAAGUGUCUACAUGGGUUUUUGUUAUUUUAGGAAAAUGCUGCUCGAUAAGGUAGGUUUUGAUGCCAUAACUCUUAAUGGGUUGCUUCGCGCAUGUCUCGAGUUAAAUGAUGUCGAGAUUGGUAGAGAAUUGCAUUGUUUUAUAGUGAAAUUGGGUUUUGCAGUGAAUAGUUUUGUCAACAGUGCUCUGGUUGAUUUGUAUGGGAAAUGUGGAUUAGUCAAGGAAGCGAGGCGUGCUUUUGAUGAAGUAUACUGUAGAGAUUUGGUGUUAUGGAAUGUGAUGUUGUCUUGCUAUGCUAUGAAUUGCUUAGCUGAAGAGGCUUCCGGUUUCUUUAAGUUAAUGCAAGAGGAGAAUUUUAUGACGGAUGGUUUUACAUUUUCUAGUAUGCUCAAUUCAUGUGGAACUCUGGGAUCUUGUAACCUAGGAAGACAGAUCCACGGUCUUUCUAUCAAACUGUCUUUUGAUUUAGAUGUAUUGGUGGCUAGUGGCCUUGUUGAUAUGUAUGCAAAGAGUGAAAAUAUAGAUGAUGCUCGCAAGGCUUUUGAUGGGAUGGCUGCUAGAAAUGUAGUCUCAUGGAAUACUAUGGUUGUGGGUUACGGUCGCCUUGGAGAUGGGGGGGAAGCUAUGAAACUUCUCAUUGGAAUGUUUCAAGAAGAUUUAAGACCUGAUGAAAUUACUCUGGCUAGCAUUAUUAGAUCAUGCAGCAGUGCAUUGACCUCUUGCGAAAUUAUGCAAGUCAAUGCUUAUGUACUUAAAAAUGGUUUCCAUGCCUUUUUAUCAAUUGCAAAUGCUUUAAUAAAUGCAUACUCCAAGGGCGGUAGCAUUGCAAUGGCACUUCAGUGUUUUAACACAGUUCUGGAGCCUGAUCUUGUUACUUGGACUUCACUUAUUGGUGCGUAUGCAUUCCACAGUCUUCCAAAAAAUAGUAUUGAUACUUUUGAGGAGAUGUUAGCUGAUGGUGUAUGGCCAGAUCAAAUUGUCUUUCUGGAAGUCCUUUCUGCCUGUAGCCACGCAGGGCUAGUAAAUGAGGGGCUUCAUUACUUUAGUUUAAUGAAAGAUUAUCAUAUUUUGCCAGGUUUAGAGCACUAUACUUGUCUCAUUGACCUUCUUGGUAGAGCCGGUCUCUUGGAUGAGGCUUUUAAUAUUUUGAAUUCAAUGUCAAUUGGGUAUAGCUCAGACACCUUGGGAGCAUUUAUCGGGGCAUGUAAAAUCCAUGGAGACGUAAAAUUAGCUAAAUGGGCUGCAGAAAAGCUUUUUGAAAUGGAGCCAAACAAGCCUGUAAAUUAUACUCUUAUGUCUAGCGUCUUUGCUUCUGAAGGUCACUGGCAUGAUGUGGCAAGAAUACACAAACUGAUGAGGGAUAGGUGUGGUCACGGAGUUCCAGGUUGUAGCUGGAUGGAAUAUGCUGGUACCAUAGAUGAAGUUCCUGUCAAAAUUUAAUCGGUGUAUGGUAUGUUAGGGAAUGCCCCAUGGGUAAUACAGGAACAAUAUUUUCUUUCCAAGUACAUGCCAUGCAUGACAAUGUUUGGGAUGAACGUGCACUAUAGCUCCCCUCAUCUGAUGCCUUGGCUUGAAACAAGCUUCUCGACUGUUGAAGAUGUUUUGAUGGCAAGGUUAACCCCCUUUCAUCUUACUGGGCCUAGUUGGGCGAGACAGUCCAAAUGUAGAAGGCAAGUUAAACCGCAACUCAGGUGUCAAGCUUUUUGCUCACUCGAGAGUCAUUGAACAAGUGGCUCAACUAAAAUCUGAUAGUAGUAUGCAUCUUUGAAGUCCUUUGGAUAAUUUUCAUAAUGCAAAUAUCGCAACAUCCUUGCUAGAAAUGUCUUCCAUAGGUCCUUUUCUUUGUGUUGCUGACAUCAGCAUAUGUUAGGUGAUAGAGAUCCAGUAUAGAAACACCAACCGCCUUCUACCACUUAAAGUUGGUUGGGUUCUGAUUGAAUGGUCACAUCUCCCUAGUAACAAUUCAAAUUAACACCAAUCCAUUUUUUUAUUUGUUGUAAAACAGGUGUUGAUGGAAAGUUUCCCUUUAAACUCUGGCAAUCUUCAACAAACUGCAAAACCCUGUCAUUUUCCACUGCCACUUCAGUACUUAUCACUGUUUAUAACUCUGACAAUCUCCAUCCUAACUGCACAGACCAGUUGAUUGACUUCUAAUCAAAGGGGUUUUUGGUGUGAAACCAACUGUGAUUUGGACAAGGAAAGGAUCAGAAACUACCAUCCAUUACAACUUGGGGCCACAUUGAAUAGAGCACAGACCCUCAAAACACUCCUGAAACUGACACGUGUCAGUUAAGUGUAACAUCACUGCCCUUCUCUGUCUCUGUGCAAAUUGUCACCAGCUCUAAGAGAGGCCAGGAUGUUUCGGUGUCUUUAUGAGUGAAAUGAAGGCCACUAGCCGCUACCAAGUGCUGGGAUUUGACUCAGGGCACAACCAAGCAAUAAGAUGACCUUUUCCUUGUGGGAUUUUUGUGGUUCAAUGAGAGAAGAUUGUCCACACUCCCGGCCUCAUGAUUCAACAACUUUUUCUAAUUUCUAGAGUGUUGAUAGCGUCCAUAACCAACACAUGAUUUUGUUUCUCUGUGGAAAAUCAAUCGAUCAAUCUCUAGAUCCUUUCCUUAACAGGUCAAAAUGUAUUGGUAUCAUUUUAAUCUUAUUCAGUUAUUCAUCC